AUGUCGCAAACCUCCGCAUACUUCCCUCUGGCGACGGACAAUUCGUGGCAGGGCCAAUCCGGCAGCAUUACUCCUCAAGAUGGAACGGAUGCUGGCGCCGCGGGCGACAGCUCCGCCAAUUCCAUCACUCUCUCGACCGGAGCCCUGGUUGCCAUUAUUGUUGUAGUUGUAGUCGUUAUCUUGAUCGGUGUAACAACCGCUUCCCUCUUCUUCAUUGCCAAGAAACGUGAAUGGACCAUCAAAGAAACUAUUAGGAGAUCGACGAAGAAAGUUGCUACUGCUCUUACUCCAAGGCGAUCUGAAUUUCCUCGCUCCGUCAAAGGCUCUACGCGCUCCAAUCGCAAGGGACGAACGAAGCUUAACGACGACAUCCCGCCAACUCCACGACUCCGGCCUGAAGACUUGGAGAAGGGCCUGGCUCGAAGCGAAAGCAAAUCCGUUGGACGUAACCCGGGUGGGAAAUAA